UUAACGUGAACAUAGAAAGCAGUUCCGCACCUCUGGCCUUACUCCUUUUGGAAAUUGCUUCGGUCCAUUUUUACUUCCUUUUAUUCGACGCACCAGAAAAUAAGACUUUUACCAACAUUUUUACCGCAUUUGACGAUGAACUAAUUUAGACUGGCUAAAAUAAUUGUUCCACUGGGACACAGGAAUUCAACCUCAGUUCAGAAAAUCCCUGACAUCUGACGUAGGAGGAUUUAUAGGUUUAGUGGAAAUUGCUUUCUCCUGCUCUCCAGAUUGCAUCCUGUGGGUUGAUUUUUUUUUGCAUGAGUAAACAUCCUUCUAAUAAUGAACAGACCAAUAAUGUCUUAAGAGAGAAAAAGAACAACCUUUUCCUUUUUGCUGUUUCUGGAGAGAGCUGUUUGAAUUUGGAAACCCAUGUGGGCUGUCCCAAAUAUGAGAUUUGGCAUCUUUCUUUUGUGGUGGGGAUGGGUUUUGGCCACUGAAAGCAGAGUGCACUGGCCCGGAAGAGAAGUCCACGAGACGUCUAAGAAAGGCAGUAGGCCUCAAAGACAAAGACGAGAAGUACAUGAAGAUGCCCACAAGCAAGUCAGCCCAAUUCUGAGACGAAGCCCUGACAUCACCAAAUCGCCUCUGACAAAGUCAGAACAGCUUCUGAGGAUAGAUGACCAUGAUUUCAGCAUGAGGCCUGGCUUUGGAGGCCCUGCCAUUCCUGUUGGUGUGGAUGUGCAGGUGGAGAGUUUGGAUAGCAUCUCAGAGGUUGACAUGGACUUUACGAUGACCCUCUACCUGAGGCACUACUGGAAGGACGAGAGGCUGUCUUUCCCAAGCACCAACAACCUCAGCAUGACAUUUGAUGGCCGGCUGGUCAAGAAGAUCUGGGUCCCUGACAUGUUUUUCGUGCACUCCAAACGCUCCUUCAUCCACGACACCACCACAGACAACGUCAUGUUGCGGGUCCAGCCUGAUGGGAAAGUGCUCUACAGUCUCAGGGUUACAGUAACUGCAAUGUGCAAUAUGGACUUCAGCCGAUUUCCCUUGGACACGCAAACGUGCUCUCUUGAAAUUGAAAGCUAUGCCUAUACAGAAGAUGACCUCAUGCUGUACUGGAAAAAGGGCAACGACUCCUUAAAGACAGAUGAACGGAUCUCACUCUCUCAGUUCCUCAUUCAAGAAUUCCACACCACCACCAAACUGGCUUUCUACAGCAGCACAGGCUGGUACAACCGUCUGUACAUUAAUUUCACAUUGCGUCGCCACAUCUUCUUCUUCUUGCUCCAAACUUAUUUCCCUGCUACCCUGAUGGUCAUGCUGUCCUGGGUGUCCUUCUGGAUCGACCGCAGAGCCGUGCCUGCCAGAGUCCCCUUAGGUAUCACAACGGUGCUAACCAUGUCCACCAUCAUCACGGGCGUGAACGCUUCCAUGCCACGCGUCUCCUACAUCAAGGCCGUGGACAUCUACCUCUGGGUCAGCUUUGUGUUCGUGUUCCUCUCGGUGCUGGAGUACGCGGCCGUCAACUACCUGACCACUGUGCAGGAGAGGAAGGAACAGAAGCUGCGGGAGAAGCUUCCCUGCACCAGCGGAUUACCUCCGCCCCGCACUGUGAUGCUGGACGGCAACUACAGUGAUGGGGAGGUGAACGACCUGGACAACUACAUGCCAGAGAAUGGAGAGAAGCCCGACAGGAUGAUGGUGCAGCUGACCCUGGCCUCAGAGAGGAGCUCCCCACAGAGGAAAAGUCAGAGAAGCAGCUACGUGAGCAUGAGAAUCGACACCCACGCCAUUGAUAAAUACUCCAGGAUCAUCUUUCCAGCGGCAUACAUUUUAUUCAAUUUAAUAUACUGGUCUAUUUUCUCCUAGAUGCUUGUAAUUCUAUAAAUUUCACAUUUCCAUGGCAUGCACUACAGAAAUAACUGUAUAAUGAAAAAGUAUUUAAGGAUAUGGUUAAAAAAAAAUCCCAGGACCCACCCAUGUUUUCACUAUCCCUUCUGCAGCUUUCCAAAGCUACAUUGACAAGACACUUACUGGUUUAAUUUGCACUUAUUAACCAUCUGUUGAAUACACAGUAUUAUAUUAGGUGCUGCAGGAAUACGACACUGUAGCGACUGAUGUUAGUUGUUACCCAGAUCCCCUGGAAAAGCACACUACCAGUGUUGUGGGCACAUUUAGUUCCACCCAUUAGACCCUUGAUGCUAUUCACAUGAAUAAUUUAUUUUCCUCGAGUGUCAUUACAUUCUUCAGGCUAGGUGGACUUGGAAGCACCUAAAGGCCAUUUGCAUGAAAUUCACAUGCACCUAAAUCCUCACUUUGACAGAAACUCAUGCUUCAGUUUAUAACCUAUUACCUAUUUUGUAUGCAACUCCACCUCCGCAUGUUUAUUUUAAUAAAAGGCAAUGAUAAUAUUCACAUUAUUUUUCUUUAUAUGCUGUGGUUCACAGGUUUUACCCCUUCACAAGAAAAGCUCUUUAGAUUGGCGCAAUUGCUUCUGAUUUUGGUGAAAUUUUCCCUGGUAGGGAAACUUUGAAGAUAAGAGUACACACAUGCAUUUUGUCUGUUGUGUCAUAGAGGUAACUAGGCUAGAAAAUUUGUGUUUAAAUGUUCCCUAUUUUAUAUAAUCACCACUUCAUGUAUGUUCUUCUUGGAGCAUGUCCUUGUUCAAAGAGAAGUCCUUUCUCAGUGAAGUGAUAUCUUCACUGAGGAACUUGGAUAGAGAAUGAUUGCUUCUGCAUAAACAUUUCAAGGAAAUACAUAAUUUGGGACUACUUGUAACUCAUUAGAAUGAGAAAUACUCACAUGGUUUCUUAAGAGAAAAAGAACAUCAGAAAGCAAAAUAAAUGGGAAGACAUCACUGGACAUCUGCAUUUAUACUUGAAAUACCAGCAUUUUCUAUGGACCAGAAAACUGCCAUCACCUAGACCACACAGCCCAGAUACCAGGCAGAAGGAUGGCCCAAUGGCAACUGAUGUCAGGGCAUGGGGUAAAGGAGAGAGUUCUAAUUUGAUGUAUCAUUUAAAAACAGUUAUUUAUAUUAUAUAUCUACUAUAUAGAUCAACCCCCACCAAACUUACCCAAACAGCAUUUGUUUUAUUUGAAACUCACUUUAAUAAAGUGAAUUAUAUACACAA